AAAAUUCGUUGCAUUCUAUGCCGCCAGUCCCUCAUAAUCGAAAUUCUUACCUGAAGUUCCUUUUCUUUUUAUAUUAUACCAUUUAGAGCCUCAUUACAUUUAUAGAGCACAAAUGGAGGAACUUCAGGCGAGACAGCGCAAGGAAUUGCGCGAUCUGCAAUCCCGCAUCACUCAAAAAAAGAAGUCCGCAACCAAAAAGACGCGGAAAGGUGUGAAUGACGAGUGCGCGAACCUUGAGCGAGAGACAAAGGAGAGACAUGAAAAGGAGAUUGCAGCACUCCUUGGACAAGGAAAUGAAGAGGAGAUUUCAGCAAAUCUCGACAACAUGACCCUUGAGACCUCGCACGAACCGACAAAUACAGCCAGCCAACCCAACGGAGAAGCGAAACCUGCUGGUCAGGUCAAUGGCACAUCAGAAGCUGCAGACGACGUCGAAACUACAGCAAAUGGUGAAGAACAAUCCAGAGCAAGAAAACCGAAUCGCCAAAAAGCACGUCUGGCACGCAGAGCAGCAGAGCAAGAAGCCCUGGCAGCCCAAGCCGCAGAAGAAGCUGCCAAUCUGCCCAACAUGCGAGAAAAGGAGAAAUUGACAAUGAUGAAGGAAUUUGCCAAACAUGGACUGCGGGAACAGGAAAUCAGACCGGACGGCCACUGCUUAUACUCUGCCGUCGCAGACCAAUUGACAGACUUGGGUCUCGGUCUGAAACCAAAGAUUCAGAUUGGUGGUACCGAUGGCCAGGAGACGCUAGGCUACAAGGUUGUUCGACGUGUGGCAGCAGACUUCAUUACGCAAAACUCUGAUGAUUUUGUGCCGUUUCUUGAAGAGCCUCUGGACGAGUAUACGCACAAGAUUCGGGAUACGGCCGAGUGGGGCGGGCAGCUUGAGCUGCUAGCCCUAUCGAAAGCAUAUGGAGUGGAAAUCAACGUUCUUCAGGGAGACGGACGGGUCGAAAAGGUAGAGCCAGGGAGUGAUGCGGCUGAGCAGAAGCUCUGGUUGGCAUAUUACAGGCACAAUUUUGGACUUGGAGAACAUUACAAUUCUCUGAGGAAAGAGUCAUGAUUUGAGUCAUCCUAUGGUCUCUUUGAUCCGUAUGAUACCCAGAGAGAAUCAUUUUUCUUCCAUCAUAUUUACAUUGACAAAUCAACUUUUUCGACUCUGUUCCAGCGGUGGCAAAAAAACAAAACUACCAUCGGUGCCGCCAUACACUUACCCAGUCAGUAUCCUUGCCAAUCUCGUGUGUCCGUAUUGGCCUCCAAUGCGCAACGCGCUCUAAGUCUUCUUUGGUCGCGCCUCGCGCAGAGACAUCUGCAAUGUAUCCCUCUUCAGAGUACGGGAGGUCUUCUCCGGGAUGACUUAGGUGGCCUAUGUAUAUAGACGGAGUGACACCAAAGGGAGGACCGCCCGUUGACGGAUCCUUGUACGUUGGGAACUCGACACAAAUGAGAUUGCCGUCAGGGCGGGCCAGAAGCUGCGAAUGGCGCAGAGCCCAUGCGGGGCGUAGUGAUGGUGGAAGCGCACAAAAGAA